GUCAUGGCUAACAACCCACCGUCACCUAGAUACCCUUGUCCAGCUCAGGUUCUCAUCUGCAGAUGUGGUUCUUCAAACUUCCUCACUUUCCCUCGUACCAAUCUGAGCAGAUCCGAGCCAGCAGAUGCAUGUUUCGACUACCGUAAAUCUGCAUCCAUAUACCACACUCAACUUCUAUCCACUAAUAAUUUUCAGGCAUUCUCGACGCCAGAGGUACAGCCGAACCUCAAGGCAUCUCAAUGAUGUUCCAAACCCUCGUCUCUCGCGUCCUUCAAAACACCACCGGCGGUCUCAGUCAGCCGAUCCUCUACCCCGCCGGUCCAGCUCAGAAUACUUCCUCUGGUCAAGAAUACCUCUUGCAUGCCAUCAGCACUGGUAUACAAGCUUGUCCCGAUCAGAAAUAUGUUCUUCUCGGCUACUCCCAGGGCGCGAGUUUGGUUCUCCAAGCUUCCAGCCGAUUGGGCAAGAAAGCUUUGGAAGCCAUCAAAGCUAUCAUUCUGGCCAGAAAUCCCUAUCGUAUUCCUGGCAAAUCUGCCAAUGUGGAUAGUCAUGGUAACACAGACGCACGAGGAAACAUCGGCAUGUUUGUCACCCAAGCCAUCACUUCCAACACACCUAUACCUCAGUUCCCAGAAUCUCUGGGGAAGAGUGGAAAAGUGCUUGAUUAUUGCCUCGAGAACGAUAUCGUUUGCGCAAGCGAUCCUGCUUGUGAUUGUCAGAUUGCUGCUGAUCAUUUGUCUUAUGGUCUUGUGGAUAGUGUCCAGGAGACGGCGUUUCAGCAUAUAGUCAAAGUGCUAGCGUAG